GCAGUUCAUAAAACAAACUCUCUCUCUCUCCAUCAAAAAAUAAAAUAUAUUAAAAACCCAAACUUUUAUUUCUCAGAAACCCUAAAUCCCCUUUCUUAUCUCCAGAUCUUCAAUUCGCCAUUUCCCUAACUAUUAUGCGAAACCAUUAGUGAUUUUCUUCAAUGACGAUGUUCUUCUCCAAGCUUGGUCGCUCCUCCAUCUCUCGUUCACGGGGGUUUUUGUACGGUGGUGGUGGUGUGAGAUCGGCGAGGCUGAUUCCUCCGCCGGGUAUUGAGGCGGCGGCGUCGGUGAAUCAAGUGGAAGGCGGUGGGUUAGGGUUUUUGAGUCGGCACUUUGCUUCGUUGACUGGGAGAAAGGGACUUGUGGGCGAUGAUUUGAUUGGUGUUUUUGCUAAUCCAAGACUGCGUCGAUUCUUCUCAGAUGAAGCUCCCAAGAAGAAGAAUUAUGAGAACUACUUUCCUAAAGAACCAAAGCAAGAACCCAAGAGUGAUCAGAAAUCUGAGUCUAACUCUAAAGAGGGUUCAGAGUCUUCAGACAAGAAUGAAAACGAGAACCUGGGAGAUAUGUUUGCAAAUCGAUUCCAAAAUUUGCUGAUUCCGCUGGUGGCUCUUGCUAUUUUUUUAUCUUCUUUCUCAUUUGGCUCUGGAGACCAGCAACAGAUUAGUUUUCAGGAGUUCAAAAACAAGCUUCUCGAGCCUGGUCUAGUUGACCACAUAGAUGUCUCAAACAAAUCAGUAGCCAAAGUCUACGUGAGAAGCACACCGAGAGACCAACAAACAACUCAAGACGUUGUUAUCCAAGGAAACGGCAAUGCUCAAGGUAUCCCUGUUAAGAGAACUGGUGGUCAGUACAAGUACUACUUCAACAUAGGCAGCGUCGAAUCUUUCGAGGAGAAACUUGAAGAAGCUCAAGAAGCGUUAGGCAUUGAUCCUCACGAGUUUGUCCCCGUCACAUAUACCACUGAGAUGGCCUGGUUUCAAGAGUUUCUACGGUUUGCACCGACUCUACUUCUCUUGGGAACUCUUGUCUACGGGGCUAGGCGAAUGCAGGGUGGAAUAGGCGGAUUAGGAGGAACCGGUGGGAAGAACGGCCGUGGAAUCUUCAAUAUAGGCAAAGCCACAAUAACAAGAGCUGAUAAAAACUCCAAGAACAAGAUUUACUUCAAGGACGUUGCUGGAUGCGAGGAGGCUAAGCAAGAGAUCAUGGAGUUUGUACAUUUCCUUAAGAACCCCAAAAAGUAUGAAGACUUGGGUGCUAAGAUCCCCAAAGGUGCGCUUUUAGUUGGUCCUCCGGGAACCGGUAAGACCCUUUUAGCCAAAGCUACUGCUGGAGAAUCAGGUGUGCCGUUCCUGUCUAUAUCCGGUUCAGAUUUCAUGGAGAUGUUCGUUGGUGUUGGACCUUCGAGGGUUAGAAACUUGUUCCAAGAAGCUAGACAAGCUGCACCGAGCAUUAUCUUUAUAGACGAGAUCGAUGCCAUUGGUAGGGCAAGAGGACGUGGUGGUUUAGGUGGUAACGAUGAGCGUGAGAGCACUUUGAAUCAGUUGCUAGUUGAGAUGGAUGGGUUUGGUACAACAGCUGGAGUUGUGGUUCUUGCUGGGACCAACAGACCGGACAUUUUGGAUAAAGCUUUGUUAAGGCCUGGCCGGUUUGAUCGUCAGAUAACCAUUGAUAAACCGGAUAUCAAGGGGCGUGAUCAGAUAUUCCAGAUUUACUUGAAGAAGAUCAAACUUGAUCAUGAGCCUUCUUAUUACUCUCAGAGACUUGCGGCUCUCACUCCUGGUUUUGCUGGUGCUGACAUUGCUAAUGUAUGUAACGAAGCGGCUCUUAUUGCUGCUAGACACGAAGGAGCUACUGUCACAAUGGCACACUUUGAAUCAGCUAUUGAUCGUGUCAUUGGUGGUCUUGAGAAGAAGAACAGAGUGAUAAGCAAACUGGAGCGUCGUACAGUUGCAUAUCAUGAAUCUGGUCACGCCGUUGCUGGUUGGUUCCUGGAACAUGCGGAGCCGUUGCUGAAGGUUACCAUCGUGCCACGUGGAACAGCGGCGCUUGGAUUUGCUCAAUACGUUCCAAAUGAAAACCUUCUCAUGACCAAAGAACAACUCUUUGACAUGACUUGCAUGACUCUAGGUGGCCGUGCAGCCGAGCAGGUAUUGAUAGGAAAGAUCUCGACCGGUGCGCAAAACGAUCUAGAGAAAGUUACAAAGAUGACAUACGCGCAAGUAGCUGUGUACGGUUUCAGUGACAAGGUUGGUCUACUCUCGUUUCCGCCUAGGGAUGAUGGAUACGACUUCAAUAAACCGUACAGCAACAAAACGGGUGCGAUCAUAGACGAGGAAGUAAGGGAAUGGGUGGGGAAAGCUUAUGAGAAGACAGUGGAGCUGAUAGAGACGCAUAAGGAGAAAGUGGCUGAGAUCGCUGAGCUUUUACUAGAGAAGGAAGUGCUGCAUCAGGAUGAUCUUAAGAAAGUUUUGGGUGAACGUCCGUUUAAACCGGUUGAGGUGACUAAUUAUGACAGGUUCAAGUCUGGUUUUGAGGAGAGUGAGAAGGAGGAGUCCACCACGACGGUUAGGCCUGUGGUGGAUGAAGGAGCUCCUCCGCCGCUUGAGCCGCAGGUGGUUCCUACGUAGGAGAGAGUGAGUUCACUGUUACGAUUGUAAAUUUUAUUAAGAAUGCAAUAAAACACAACUACAAAAAAGAAAAAAAAUACGGUCUCUUGUUCUUCAGUGUUAGCAAUGAAUAUUUUUGUUUUAAAUUAUUGCUUCUACUAAGAUCUUUUUUUUUCUAAAAGUUCACUCUGCUAAUAGUUUGUGUUAUAAAUGACACUAGAUUUUGACCCGCCCCUAAAGAGGGCGGGACAACCGUUUUUGUUUUAAAUUUAUGCCCUUGUUCGAUUAUUCACAAGUAUAUAUAUGCAUGAUUA